UCCCGCCGUAGUAUUGCGAACCGAUGGCGUAGUUUCCGACUUUCACAAGUGUUCUUUAAAAGCCUAAACUGAGUAAUAAAAUUUUGAUUUUUGAUUUUCGCGUCAGCUUAGUUAAGGGCUGUGCAGUUUCUGAAAACUAAGCAAUGAAUUUACGAAACCAUGAGCAUGUCUAUAGGAAAGGUUCUAGGUGUUUCAGGUUCUUUUGUUUGGACAUCUGUAAAACGGCUUUUACCUUAGUGGGAUCUAGUUUAAUAUAAGUAAUUUAUUUCUUGACGUCCGAAGAAACAUUUCUAACGGUUUGCCCUGAGACCAAACUGUCUAAAAUGGUCAAAUACCUUUUGUAGGUCUUCCAGGUGCUGAGUGUAAGAUGUAAGCGUUACCAGUAGAUCAUCCAAGUAAGAAAGCACCAUUACCUUCUGCAAUUCAGCUCCAGAACGGAAAAGAUCCAUCAACCACUGAAAUAUUGACAGUGCCUUCUUCAAACCGAACGGCAUCCUGAUAAAACGGUAAGUUCCAAAGGGUGUAAUAAAGCACUUCUAUCCCUGUCAACCUGCACGACGUUCACCUGGUAGUAUGUAAUAAUGUGGUUUGGUUAGGAGUAGCAAAUGAUCAACGCGUGGAAGCGGGUAAGUGUCGAACUUUGUGAUAGCAUUCAAUCUUCUGUUAUCGACACAAAAUCUUACGCUGCCGGUCUUUUUUAGGAUCUAGAAUAGCUGGAGAAGCCCAAGGUGAUUUAUACUUUUCUAUGAUUUCAUCUUGUGGUAUCUUGUCUAACUCGUCCUUCAUAAGUUGUCUUUUGGUCAGUAGACACCAGCCGGGCGGCGAUAGCUGGAUGGUUCUUUAGCCAGUAGACAGCAGCCGGACGGCGAUAGCUGGAUGGUUCCCUGUCUCUAUUCGAUACUCGGCAAAAGGCACUCCCCCAAGCUGACUGGAUAACAAAAGAGAGGCGUGAACGUUAUACGAAGACGCUAAAACGAUUCGAUCUACGAUUGGAAAAUUUAAUGGGACUUGGUACAGAUAACGCUUCUGUGGUGGUUGGAGUAAAUAAUGGAGCCUAUAUCAAAUUGACGGAAGAGUUACCACAUUUAAUUUUGGUGCGUUGCUUGUGUCAUUCCUUGCAAUUUGGCUGUUUCUGCUGUAGCAAAAGAAUUUUUGCCGAGAAAUUUGGAAUUCCAAAUUAGGGAGACAUAUGAUUGGUUUAGCCGCUCGACAUCAGGACAAUUGCUGUAUAAAAAAUUAUAUAAAACCAUUAACGACGGUCAGAAACCUUUAAAAAUUGCUCAAGCAUGCCAGACAAGGUGGUUGUCAAUUGAAUCUGCUGUAUCAAAAUAUACACGCAAUGGCUCGAGUUAAAAACUCAUUUUGCAAUAGUUAAGGUGCACGAAAGAUGUCACACGGUUAUUGCACUCUUUAUAUGCGAAUGAGAUGAAGUACGCAUAUAUUUCAUUUUUAUAUUCAUUAUUUAUUGUAAUAAAUAGAGUUAAUAAAAUGUUCGAGUCAAAAGAUACGGACCAUACCAAAUUGUGUGAAGAGUUAACUAACCUGAUAGAUAUGCUUUUCUGCGAGGUUACAUUACCUACAAAUAAAGUUAAUAUUUUUAAUAAAAAUAUUCGUGACAUUUUGGAUCAAAAAUGUUAUCUUGGAUUCAGAUUUGAAAAACAAAUAAUUGAAAUGAGAGAAAAGGGGCUACUAAUGCAGACGAAGAAAUUAUGCGGCAUCAGUGCAUAACAUUAUACUCAGUCUAAUUGAAUAAAUAUACAGGUAAAAUAGGUUACCAGAAACUUUGACACUAAUGAAAAAAAAUUCCCGAAUAAGUCCUUAACAACCACUUAAUUACAACAAAGAAGCACUAAUUGACAUAAUGGCUCAGUUCAUUAAAAGUGCAGAACAUAUAGCGAGAGUCGAUGAUCAGUGGCAUCAGAUUCAUUUAUUAAAAUGAAUGAAACUACAAACACAAAAAAAAAAUAGAUGGAAGUAUUGCAAUUCAAAGAUGCUCAAGGAGAAUCGAGGUUUAAGGAAUUGGCGACUUUUGCGAUUACUCUCCUAAUACUACCUCAUUCUAAUGCCGAUGUUGAGAGACUAUUUAGCAGCAUGAAUGUAAUAAAGAACAAGCAAAGAAAUAGAAUGAAGUUAAAUCUUUUAUCUGCUAUUUUGAGAAUACGUUGUGGUUUGAGGUUGAAAGAAAAAAUCUGCAAUGAUUAUAAAAUUCCAGAAGCCUAAAUAAUUCGCUAAAUUUGCCUCACGACCAUCACGUCGUGAGGCAAAUUUAGCGCUUCUUCCCCGUAAGGGC